UUGAAGAGCACUGGAGCAAUUUCUCGAUCCUUAUCGUGUUUGCUGGAGAAAAAACGGAUCUGAGCCCAAUUCUUGCUCUCGGAACUUUCUUACCCUUCUUAUCUUUCUAUGAUCGUUAAUUUCAACGACGGAUUUGCUCAGGACAGAUACGUAAUUUAAUAGUGGUUGCCUUCGUUUACUCUGCGAAUCGAAGGCAAAAGGCAUCGUGAGAUUUUUUGAUAAACGGACGUGAUUCAGUAUCUAUCUAGAUGCAUAGAGGGCAAUCUCUUGAUUCACUAAUUUAGGGUCGCAUAGCGAGGUUACUCUGUUUCUCUUAGAAAGCUUCUCUUCUCUAUUGUGGGGUUGAAUUUAGGGUUUAGUUUAGUCUUUUGUGUGAGAUGGAUAGGCCUCGGCAUAAUGAUCAGUUAGCUGUGAAAAUGAUUGGGAAGAAGAUAAAGAAGGAGACUCCUUUACACCUACCCAAUGGUUACACAAGCAAGAACCGCUUAAGAAGAAGCAUUGUUCCACCGCUAACAUCUUCCCCGAAGAUUAGACCAGCUGCUCUGAUAAACCGGCCCCAUGAUGUUCCUCCUCCUCCUGCCAUGACUCAACCAACUCAUAACUUAGCUAGACCACCAAUGAUGGGUCAUGCAGACCAGUUUUGGUCCAAUAUUGCAGCUGAGUCUCCUGUCUCGUUUUCUCUUCAAAGCUCAUCAGGAGAUUCAAGAUCCAGUGGAAACCAAAUGCAGCAAUCUCAUCAGUAUCAAUCCCACUCGCCACUGAUAUAUAACAAGAGUCUUCCUUCAGCUAGGUUCAGUGGUGGCGGGAUAUUGCCUACUCCUGUCUCUGUGUGCAUUCCCUCUCCUCAAAGCUCGUUUGGAGAUUCAGGACCCAAUAGAAACCAAAUGAAACCAUCUCAUGACUAUCAAAAACCACCACGGUUCAAUGGUUCUGCAUCAAGUGUACCCAUUUUGCCCUCUCCUUGGUUCGACGGUCCCGGGAUAUUACCCACUCCACCAACAAGUUUCACAUCCUCAUCAAUGGCUCAAGCUGGAAUUCUCGGUCCGGGCAAGUUUCCUCGGCCUCCUCAUGCAUCUACUGGUCUUGUUUUCUCGCCAUUGCCAUUUGGAGAGAAUACUAGUUAAGAUGUUCUGUCUUUUUUCACUCUACUCGUUAGGUUAGUGUGUGUACUAUGAACGAUCCCAUUUUUUGUAUUAGAUAGUUGUUGUCAAUUUGCGUAAGAGAGAGAUGAAGGAAAAAUAAAUUAACAUUUUUUUUUAAUUUAUUUGUCUCAAUAAGAUUGAUAUUUUGAAAGGCUUUCCUAAAUCA